AUGCCAGUUAAAAUUUAUCAUGAUGAUGAUGCUGAUGUGGAUAUAGUACGUAGUAAAACUGUUGCAUUCAUUGGAUAUGGAAAUCAAGGACGAGCACAAGCAUUAAAUUUACGUGAUAGUGAAGUAAAUAAUAUUAUCAUUGGUAAUAUCGAUGAUGAUUAUGCUAAACAAGCUCAAGAAGAUGGUUUUACUCCUGUAAGCAUUGAAGAAGCAGUUCGUCAAGGUGAUAUUCUUAUGUUACUCAUUCCUGAUGAAGAUCAACAAACAGUUUGGAAUGAAAAAAUUCGUAAUAAUAUUAAACCGAAUACAACAUUAGUUGUUGCAAGUGGUUAUAAUGUUGCAUUUAAUUUACUUGAUUUACCAGAUGAUAUGGAUGUUGUUAUGGUAGCACCACGAAUGAUUGGUGCUGGUGUACGUGAUCGUUACGUUCAAAAUAUACCAUAUCCAUGUUUUGUAUCUGUUGAAAAAGAUGUUAGUGGUACAGCGUUAGCGACAUGUCUUUCAAUUGCUUGUGCUAUUGGAGCUACACGUGGUAAUGGUGCUGUAAGUUCAUCAUGUCGUGAAGAAGCUGGUAUUGAUUUAUUUGCUGAACAAGCUCUUUGGCCAGAAAUCAUGGCAAUAUUUCGUGAAGGUUAUAAUGUUUUACAUGAAGCUGGAUUUUCUGAUGAAGCUAUUUUAUUUGAUAUGUAUUUAAGUAAAGAACCAGCUGAAAUAUUUGAACGUGCUGCUGAUGAAGGUUUUGUUAAACAAUUAAAAUAUCAUUCUCGAACAAGUCAAUAUGGUCAAUUAUCGACAAUGAAUCGUCAUGAUGGAAAAGAUAUUCGUGAAAAAUUUCGGCGUGUUUUAAAUGAUAAUAUUUUAUCGGGAAAUUUUGCUAAAAAAUGGUCAAAUACAAAAUGGGCUGCUGAAGAAUUAACAAAAGAAUGGAAAGAAGUUGAGAAUGCACCGAUUGUUCAAGCUGAUCAACGUGUACGUGAAGUUCUUAAACCAGAUCGAAAAAAAUAA